GCAGUGGAAGCAUUUCCAGCAGCAGUGAAGGUUGCGUUUACGACUGGCUGUGUGAGGCGUGUUUGGCAGGCAAGGACACUCAGGGCUAGAAUGACAUUUGAGUAAGUUACCUAAGUAAAGCUUUCUAAACUUGCAGUUUGUGCAAAACCUCACACGGACACCAAUAACAUCUAGACGGAUUUAUUCGGAUUCUCGUUUGUAAGAGGUUUUCCACAGUAGAGGGACUCCUGCAAUAGCCAGCAAUCUUCCAGAGUCGUAAAGUCCCAAAGAGACGUCUUUGUGUUGUCAUCUAAGCUGUGGGGGAUGGUCAGCUGGUGACUGGGGUUACCCUGACCCCUGUGGUGAAUGGCUGUGAGCAGAGGUGGCGUGGCCUUCUGGGUGGGUUGUAUCUGCAGCUACAGCAGAAAGCAGCGUGUUCAAAAACUGAGCUGGAGUCUCAGUAAGGUGGUCAACUGGCAAUGGACUGGUCAAAUGCACCCCCUAAGCAGUGCUACAUGGGCUCUGGCACCCCCUAACAGCCUGAGAUAUCAGAACAUUAAACAGCCGGUGCUGUUCUACCCAUUGCACCAUGCCAACCGGCCUCAGAGACAAGAUUGCUAUGAGGACUGUGAGGAGUCUAUCAGUGUGUGCGUACUGGUACAACAGGGCCAGUCAAAAGGCUUCCACACCCUGCUGGAGAUCCCUAUGUUCGGCCCUAAUAAACUAGGAGAGCUCCUUGCUCCAGGAACUCGCAAGUCUUCUGAGUUCUCCUUUCCGCUGACAAUGGUGGACGGCAGCAGAGAGGAUGACAUCAGCAUUGAAGACUUGAAGAGGAAAAGCAUUAAUACUGUAAAUGGAGAGCACAGCUGCUUCAGAAGCCUGUUUGAAACGGAGGGUUGUCCUGCACCAUUUAUGUACGGCUCUAGGUUUUACUGUUUCCAUUGCCCAGACGCACACCUGAUACCUGGAAGUGCUCUAAAAUCCUGCCAAGAUGGUGGACUAGACAGAAAGCCUGUGGAGGUGCCUCUGCUGCCCUCUGUUUCUCUGUGUAGCCAAGCAGACAGAGCAGAGAGGGAGCAUACUGAAGGAGAGAGUGAAGGAGAAGAGAAACUGGCUCUGAUGUAUGAAAGACUGAGGAUACAGCUUCCAAAUUUCUUUAUGACAAACCAUGACUACACCAUGUACUCAAAUGAUGUGGAAUUCAUUAACGGCAUCAUAAAUGUCAAGAUCAGUGGCCGUAUAUUGUACCAGCUCACCCUUUCCCUGUGGCGCCUCCUGUGUCUGUGCUACUACGCGGAGGCUCGGCUAGAUGUACUCAAGCUUACCAAGCACAUGGAGGACGGAACCAUUAAGGCCCGCUGGAGGAUCAAAGGCCUUCCCUUCUACUCUCUGCUGCUGCGCUUCUAUCGCAAAGACAAAUCUCACCUGUACAGGACAUUUGAUGCUCUCUCCACUUUUUACAUAGGACGGGAUGGACUCAUUCACUGUCACAAAGUUGAAAAAGUGAUGCCAGCGCAGCCACCUGUCCUGCCCAGAGUAACUUCCCUCCUGGCAGGGGCUCUGGUGGCACUGGGGGUGGAGGAUCAUCGACCUGUACUCAACUUGUUGCCCCUACUCCUGUCCUCACUGCGACAGAGCAGAAGCUGACUCCAGGACAACCAGUAGAGGAAAACGGCCAGUGGACUAAGCAGUGUGUUUGUGUGACCCUGAAAAGUUUCUCGUGCUCAUAGGAAAAAAUUAAAAUGGAAAGUUAAGCUCUCUGCUCCAAAAUCUUAUUUUGCUGUCCCUGAAUUAAAUACAAAGUAAAAAUCUUCCCGCUGCUCUUUCUUUUUCUAAUGUUAGUUAUACAUUGAAGUUUAAGCUGAACACAGAACUUGAUCCUCGGGUCCAGUUUUCACCUGGCUGUCAACAUUGCCAGUCAGCCGCCAGGUGAUGUGCCAACAGACGACCGUUUUAGAAAUUUUUCAGCUUUUAAAUGCGAAACCACCAAGUUUCAAAAUCAAUCCUGUUUCGUUUCAGGUGCACCAAAAAAUUCUUGUGGAGAGGUGCAUAGUCAGAGAUAUCCAUAGCUAAACAGUGAGGGGUCUCCCACAGAGAGGACAGUGUGUUGGAAUUCUCUCUUCUUUUACCUAAAGUAACUUGUUUAAAUGAUCAAAGAAAAAGUUAUUCCAAACAAACUAUAAAAUAGAAUUAGUGAAUAUAGUGGUUGUUUGUUCUGUUAACUCCAGGCUGUAUCUCACUGACUCCCUGACUGUUGUGGGCUUUGUGUCUUUGUAGUCUAGAAGCAACAAAUGCUAUGAAAGGGGAAGCAUAGGACUAUGAUUUUGGCGUAGUGACACUGAUAGGAGAAUCAAGGCAAAAGGAGUGCCUAAUAUAGCAACAACAAAAAAACAAAAAAAAACAAACACUUAAAUGACACAAAUGCUAAAAUUACUCAAACUAGAACUUAACACAAAGUGCUAAGUGCCAGCUUUUAUUUGAGUAGGUUGAUGUCAAUAUAAAAAGACGUGUGGGAGAUACAGUACUUCUAGCACAUAGUGGCCAAUUUGCAAAAAUUCUUAAGUCCAUCGGUUCAUUUUCUUCCUCUUAUCCGGAGCAGUGUCCUGGAGGCAGACAGUGAUGUAGAUCAUUCCAGUUGUCCCUUUUCCCAACCAUGCUUUACAAUUUCUCGUGGGGUAUCCCAAGCCAUUAAUUGGCCCGAUAAGAUAUGUAAUCCCACCAACAAGGUCUGGGUCUACUCCAGGGUCUCCUUCCAGCUGGACAUGCCUGGAAAAUCUUCAUACCAUCAUAGGAAGUCACCCAAGAGGCAUCCUAAUCAGAUUCCCAAACCAUCUAAACUAACUUCUCUAGGUGACUCUACUCAAGCUUCCUCCAGAUGCUGAAGCCCCUCACCCUGUUUCCAAAGCUGGGCACAGCUACCUUACUUUCAGUCAUUAACCAGAGUUCAUGACUAGGUGAGGGCUGGAACAAAGAUCAUCUGGUAAAUCUUCACCCCAAAAAUCUGCUACAACAGCUGCAUUCCUGCUGAUGCUGCACAAUGCCACCUGUCCAUUUUGUGCUUGAUUUUCCUCCCACUGGUGAACAAAAUCCUCAGAUACUUCUUUGCUUGGGGCAGCAUACUGGCUGCUUCGUACUGAACUGCAAGUCACCCCACUGCACGCUAAAGGUCCUGGUCUGAUGAAGCCAACCGAACCAUAGAUGGCAUCCACAAGCAGAGACUGGAUUCUGAGAUUCCCAAACCGGACAGGGAGCUCAACAAUCACUAGAGAUGUUUGACUUUGUGCCAAGGAUGCAAUCCUAGCUGUCAAUUUAGUAACACAAGGACCAGAUGGCUUCGAUCAAUGGUCCCUGUACCAAUACUUCUGCAGUAUAGGGCCAUGGCCAUAAGCCCAGAAAACACAGUUGGUCAAAUUCCCAUGACCCCAGCAGCAGCUCUGCAAGUGGAAAGAGCUAGUCCACUGUUUCACAGUCAGGAUUUAAUCCCCAUUGGUCCUGGUGAAUUCUAAAGUGAUUGUACUACAUGUUUUACAGAAGCUGUGCUUUAUCAUGAACAAAAGAGCUCACACAUGCCUUAGAGCUGAGAGUAUCAUUUAGACUGAAGGAAACCCCUUCAGUCUAAAUGAUAAUCAAGAAGAAUUUUUUUAAAAGCCUCUUGUAUGGGGAAGAAAGGUUAUCUCGAAUAAUGAGACACAAAUCAGUAAUUUUGAUAGAGGUUGCAUUUUUUUGUCCAGAACAAAAAAAGAACAGCUCAUGGUCCAAAGCAUCAGCUUUACAGACGGCAUCUGUUGUUCUAGCAUGCAUGGCUGCCUGUUGAACUGACACUGACAUUUGUAGGAUAUUACAAAUGCCAGUGAUAGUAUCUCUAGGUCCAAGACUUCAGUCACUGUUUAGGAUUUUCCUCUGAAUGGUAAAUAUGAUGUUUUAGUUUGAGUUUUUCUGUACUUGUCAGUUAGUUUUGAACCCUGAAACCUUGGCCACUGUCUUAAAGGACUGUAUCUUCUACGCAGGUCUCUCUAUAUUGAUGGAAGGAGAUUUCACAUGCUAUUCAAGGGUUAGUAUGUUUCAAAUGAAGAGCAUGUCAGAUUGUUGAACAGUUCUUUACAUAACUACCUUUGUUACUUAUCAUAUUACCAAUUGAAUGCCACACCAUGGAUGUCUUUGAGUGUGCACCUGUAUCUUCAUACCAACAGUCCAUUGCAUCACAUUUAACCUUUAUAGCAGUACAGUCAUGUCUGAAGUCCCUUCCUGUUGUUCCAAGAGUUCAUUUGUCUGUUAUUGUUAUUCCAGACCGGUUAACCUCAGCAUGUUUUUAGACUGUAGGAGGAAGCCAGAGGACCUGGUAGAAACCCUUGCGUACACAGGGACUCCACACAGAAAGAUCCCACCUCCAGGCUGGGAUGCCAACUGAUGAUCUUCUAGCUGUGAGCCGACAGUGAUGACCACAGUAAACCACUCCAAAACUAAAAUGUCAAUAUCUUGUGCUAUGCAAAUUUCAGGCAAAUCAGAGAUGGUUGAGCAAAAAUUGUUUCCAAAAUUUGAUGAUUUGAGAUGGCAUGAGCCUCUGUUGUUUAUGCUCUUAAUUUGCAAACUUUAAUUUUAGCAAAAUUUAAUUUUAGCAUUUACUAACAAAUUAAGUUAGUCUAAGGUACCCCAAAUCCCUCAGAAUAUAAGUUAGUACAGUAUACUGUUGAGCAGCUAACUGUGUGGUUUGAAACAGGGAUGUGUGCUCACAUUUGUUCGUUGCCGUAUCAUCCAUGAUUAUAUACAGUCUUUGGAUUAAUAAGUUAGACUCCAGUCCUGUCGGUCUUUGUAGCCAUUUGCAAAAAGAGCUGCCUGUUCUCAAAACUUACUGGUACAAAUCUCAGCACUGAUAUGCAACUGAAUCCUUAAACACAAUAUACAGAGGUGGGUCAUCAGAGAUAUUGCAACCUCAGAUCCAGUGGUGGUGUCAUUGUAAAUAUUGCAGAAAAUAUGGGUCAGCCUGCAAUCAGGGUCAUAUUGGCAAGAUGUGAAUUUUUUUUCUCAUCUCCAAAGUGGAAAAAAAUUUAUGAGCCAAAUGUAACCGACCAUUUUCACAGCAAAAAAUGCUGCAAUUAGGUAAGAUGUUAUGUCAUAGUUGCAUGCUAUUUUUUAAAUGAAAUUACAAAAAAGACAGCAGUCAAGCAAAUUUCACUCUUUAGUCCUACUCUAUUCUGACAGCCAAGCAGACCUAGGGCUCAGUAGCUGCUUUGUGAAAUAAAUUCUAUAAGUAUUAAUGUACUGCCAGCAGAAACUUGGCAGAUGAUACGUUUACGGAGGUCAUCUCUGUGGAACAUGAAUAAACGGAAACUUGUAUGAAUGCAUUUCAAUAGAUUAUAUGGUUUGGUGACUGUCCCAUAAAAUAGACCCUACCUGUUUUAAAUGUGAUUGUUAAAGAAACUCAUCCCUGCCUGCUUUGCAUUAAGACAAAGCAAAACUGUCUCUGUGAAGUUGUACCUAAAUUAUUUGCACAUACUCCAGCUGGAUGCUUAAGCGUUCAUUGUGACUUCUCUGUAAAGUUUCACACAGCUGGACAGAACCAAGGAACAAAGCUUGCUCUAACUGUGAUACACAGGUAAUCAGCAUUCUAGUGUGUAUUUAUGAGUCAUAUGUAUAGUAAUAUAACAGAUCAGGUUCUAUGUUGCUUAAAUAAUCACGUAUACUGCUGGAUUAACUUCUGUGUUAACCCUGGUUGUGUAAAUAAACUAAUGAUUAACAGA